AUGCCUACAAAGGUUGUUAUACAGCGUCGCGAAAUGAAUCGGCUGAUCGAUGUAGGUGCUGGCACCGUCGGCGCUCAUGUCCUCAUGCCGGAUGAUAGCCUUAGCAACGACCUCGGCCUGGUCCGCACAAGCGCCGUCGUCCUUGAGGGUUUGGAGGGUGUUGAAGCCGCCGCAGAUGUCAAAGGAAAUGCGAGUUGCGGCGAGCUUUUGGCGUAG